AUGGCGUCUAGAGACGUGAAUGGAGUAGACGCUGGAGAUAAUACGCUAAUUGAUGUUGAGAUUUGGAAAGAUGAAACAGGCAAAACAGUUGUCCAGCAUUUGUCUGAGGGUUUCGCGGGAGACGACGAAGCAGUUGCUGAUGGGGCCAUUCUUCGGUAUCGUGCCCCGUUUCUUCGUGUCAUCAAACACGAUGCUUAUUUCGAUGCGUUCAAUAUCGUUGUAGAAAGUAUGCUGAACAGACUGGCUCCCAUGUGGCUCGCUUACACUUUUGCUGAAGCGUUUGUCAAUGAUCAUGCCAAUGAACUGACAGCACAUAGGCAAGAUUACAUCGAAGGAGAGUAUCACCAAUCGGAUGGUGGCACUUGGUGUAGACAAAUAAUUACAAGUAUGCAUGCUUUUGCGAAGAAAAUUAUGAAUGGCGAAAGGACCUUGAGAGCACGGCCUGAUUCGUGGGAUCAAUUUCCUAUAUCCUGCGAAUCUGAGAAAGGCCGUCGACCAAGGCAAGAAGAUCGCAUGCUAGCCAUGCCGACCUUAACUCUUGUUUUUCCUGAUGCAGCUAGGUCAGAUGUUGGAUUGAUGGCUGUAUUUGACGGACAUGGUGGGUCGGAGUGCUCGGCAUAUUCCUGCGCGCAUCUCCCAGCUGAGUUCGUGCGAGCAUUGAAUGCUCAUCCAUCGUCGCUGGAAAGUUCACUACAGGAAGCUUUCGAGAGAUUAGAUGCUCGUCUAUCCGCACGGUGUGAGAACGAGCGGUGGCGGAGCGGAACCACUGCUGUAGCUGUAGCAGUCGACUCGAAGCAAAUCGUUGUUGGUUGGAUAGGAGAUUCAGCUGCUUAUGUUCUCUCUGAAUCUAACAAGCUUCAGAAGAUCACUAGAGCUCAUGUUCCCACAAAUGAGGACGAAGCGAGACGUGUGGAAGAAGAUGGAGGGCAACUAUUGUAUGUUCAAGGAGAGCUACGGGUCAAUGGAGUUUUAAAUCUUACCAGAGCACUCGGUGAUAUUGGCGGACGACCAAUGAUCAGUCCGAAGGCCGACACAACAGUGAUCGAACGGGACGUUUCACAUUACCUCGUCUUGCUUGCAUGCGAUGGGGUAUCGGAGUUGUUCAGCGACUCGGAAGUGUUGGAUAUGAUCAAGUCGUUUGUGGAAAAGCAUAGUUAUAAACAAUACUAUGACUUGUCAGAUCAUAUCUGUCAAGCAGCUUUGGCGGGUGGUAGCAUUGAUAACGUUACGUGUGUAGCCGUUUUCCUCAGACCUCCGAAAGAUCUUUGGGAACUUCUCCGUGAAGAUUCGGACAAAUAG